AAAAAAAGACAAAACAGUUUGUAUUAGAAGCAAUGUUCUGUAGUAAAACCAUCCGUUAAGAUCUGAGCUUUCCGCCAUGAAUUUCUUCACCUCCGUCUUCUCCGACGACCCAGAUCCUCCGGAAACCGAAUCAGAGUCCGAGGAGCAAUCUAAUCCCAAAGAAGACGACGGAGGAGGAUGGAGCUUCGGUGGUCUGAUGAAAACAAUAGCCGACAGAUCCGAGUCCGUGAUCGAAACAUACCGGCGAGAUCUAGAAGAGUUCGGGACAGGUUUAAAGAAAGAGAUCGAAGUCGCGCAGGGAUCGCUCGGCACCGUGGGACACGCCAUCGACGAGCUUGGGAGCACGGUGAUAAAAGGCACGGCUGAGAUCAUCGCUCAUGGCAAAGAAGCGAUCUUAGCCGCUGGUGAUAACGAAUCCGAUUCUUCUGAUAACAACAAUAGCGGUAGUAACCGUCGCGAUAGCUUUAGCUCGAAGCCGUAUAGUCGUUUCGAUGCUCAGGUUCGCGCUGUUCAAGGGGAUGUCAGUACUUAUAGCGAGGAGCCUGAGGAGGAUUCAGAUGAGUACAAGAAGUGGGAGUCUGAGUUUUCUCUGGAGGAGAAAGGUGAGGAGAUGGAGAUGUUGUUGGAAGGGAAUGGGGAGAUGAGAGGAGUGUAUAAGAGGGUUGUUCCUGGUGUGGUUGAUCAUGAGACGUUUUGGUUUAGGUAUUUUUAUAAGGUUUAUAAGCUUAAGCAAGCUGAGGAUUUGAGAGCUAAUCUUGUGAAACGAGCAGCUUUGGAUGAUGAGGAAGAGUUGAGCUGGGAUAUUGAUGAUGAAGAGGAAACCAGCGAGAUAGUUACCAAAGAUGUUUCAAGGUUGAAACUUGAGGGGAGUGAUGAUACUGGUAGUGGAGACGUGAAAGAUGCUGUGGCAAGUGCAGAUUCAGUGGCUGAAGUGAGCAAUGUUGGUUUGAAGACAGACACAGAUUCUGAGGAGAAGAAGGAAACUGGUAGUGAGGAAGUUACGGAAUCAAAAAUAGUUGUUGAUGCUUCUCCUCCUCCUGCAGCUGAUAAGUCUCCAGUUCAAGAUUCGGACAAAAGACACGAGGCUGUUCCAGAAUCUGAUGAGAGUGCUCCAUCCCAACAAGACUCGGAUAAACCAGAUGGUGCUGCUUCUUCAUUAGCUCAAGGUUCAGGUAAGCCAGAUGGUGCUGCUUCUUCAACAACUCAAGAAGAGGAUUUGGGAUGGGACGAGAUAGAGGAUAUGAGUAGCAUCGAUGGAAAGGAAGCGAGUAGAGCUUCUGGUGGUAGUCCAAACAGAGCAGAGCUGCGUAAACGGCUGAGUGCUGCAGAGGAAGAUGAAGACUUAAGUUGGGACAUUGAAGAUGAAGACUGAAGAAUCAUCAUUCAUCACCAUCAUCAAAAGCUUGAUCUAGUUUCAUAGUGGUGUGCCUUUCCCUCCUACAGUACUUGUUUUUGUAAGUUUCUAGAGAUUUGCCUCCAUUCAUCUGUUGUUUUCUCUUUAAUGUUCUGUUUAACUUGAUUUGAAUAUAUAUGCAAACAUUCGAUUUGAUCUCAAAA